AUGGAACCAGCGGACAGUCAAGGAACGGAAGAACCGGAAAGCUUCUGGAACAACACCAUCAUCCCAAAGAUACUCCGCCGCAGCAAAUCCUACGCUUUUCCUGAGCACAAGAUUAAGUACAAUGGCCAAUCUGCCUAUCGGACCAUCAUUCACAAGCCUACAGCCGAGAAGAUCGAGGGUAUCCCAAAGUCUCCCGUAUUCUGGCAGAACACUGGUGGAAAGUACGUGUUUACGUGUCCUCUUGGCGGAGAUGACUUCGAGGUCACUGCACGCAUCCGCCGGCCGAUUGAAGGUCAGGAACACGUGAGCUGGGGUCGGCCUUUUGACUUUUCCACCAUCGCCUCAGAGUACGACGAAUUUUGCGAGCCUGUCCGCAAAGUCAUCCAACUUGCUGCUCAGGGCGAGACACAGGAAUUUGCACUUUUCUCGGGGCCGCGACUGGAAAGCGUCGUCCACGAGGAGGCUAUUGCCUUGAUUGGAGACGCAUCUCACCCUCUAUCGGGCGCCUUUGGCGCUGGAGCCGGAUUUGCUUUGGAGGAUGUCUAUGCCUUGACGCAAAGCGUUGACUGGCACUGGAACAACGGUGGGGACUUGUCUGCAGCUCUAGAGUUGUAUGAUCAGAUCAGGUCACCCCAUUAUCGCGACUUGUACAAGGUUCUUGAUGAUUUUGGUGCGAUGAACACUACACUGCUUUCGGAGAAUCUUCCCGUCAAUGAGGAGAUUGAAGAGCGAGUGCGAAGGGCAGCUGAGAACAUCUGGUCGCAGCAAUCUUCCCAUCAGGACCAAGCCCAUAAGAAGGCCGGCCACAGAGGUACCGAAACCUGGAGGGUGUACGGAACGAGGCGAAUGGGGCUUUUGGUGACUGAGGAACGCGCCACAAAGCCCUGGCUGAUCCUUGUAUCACCGGGGUCGUUGGUCAACUCGACUGCUCAGGAGAUCAGUUAUGUGGAGACCGGCGCCAACCUCACUUUUCCAGAACAAGAUCCAUCAUGCGGUCGCGGAAGCCAGGUGGUCCGCACUAACCUUUGUCGUGUCGCCAUGAAUAUUACAACUUCUAGUAGAUCACAGAUUGUCGCUGAAGUGUGGCUACCCGAGAAAUGGAAUGGGCGCAUGGUAGCGGUCGCUGGUGGAGGGCUCGAUGGGUGCGUUCACACUGAGGACCUUGCGUAUGCUACUGCUCAUGGCUUUGCUGCUGUUGGCACGAAUAACGGGCAUGCUGGAACGACCGGUGUACAGUUCCUCAACAAUGAUGAUGUUGUCAUUGACUUUUCGUACAGAGCGAUUCACACGGGCGUUCUCGCUGGGAAGAGUCUUCUCAAGUCUCUCUACAAGGAGAAGAUGACGGGGUCAUACUUCUUAGGUUGUUCUCUUGGAGGACGGCAAGGCGUGCAAGCCGCGGACAUGUUUCCCGAAGACUUCGAUGGUAUCGUCGCAGGUGCACCGGCAGUGGACUUCAACAACCUCUACUCCUGGCGAGCCAGCUUCUACCCUCUGACUGGUUCUGUUGGCUCCAAGGAUUUCAUUGCUCCGGCCACCUGGAGGACGACGAUCCAUGAUGAAGUGCUUAAGCAGUGCGACACUAUCGAUGGUGUCCAAGACGGCAUUAUAGAGGACCCCACCCUCUGUCACUUCGAACCUGGAACUCUCCUGUGCAAGCCAGACAGCGGCGACUCCAAAUGCCUCACUGGCGCACAAGUCGAGAUCGUGAGAAAGAUCUUCAGCCCAACCAACUACACGGACGGCAAGCUUUUCUGGCCAGCCAUGAAUCCCGGCAGCGAAAUCAUCACCGCAGACGGGCUGUACAGUGGAAGCCCAUUUGCUCUAUCCCAGAAUUGGUUCCGCUAUGCGAUUUACAAUGACCCGAAUUGGGACCCGGCUACUUACACACUCGAAAAGGACUAG